UUUGUCGGAGCGCGUCGCCGCGGUGUCAGCCUCUUUUCUUUUUUCCUCCUUUUUAGAGAAGCAUGUCGACGGAAGGAAGGAUGGACGAGAGCCCGUCAGACAGCAGCCCAGCGACGUCCAGACCCUCAGGAUGUCCUUCGCUGAAAGGAAAAGAGAAGGACGAGCAGGCCGCAGAGAAACCAGCAACGUCCAGCUCCAGCAAACCGUUCGCAGGUCAUGCCUCUAAGCCUGUCCCUCCCACCUCCCCGUCCUCAGUUUCCGGCCGAGCGAAAAUGAGUGUGUGUGGGCCGGGCAGUAAAAACCCCGCCCCCUCCUCUUCCUCUCUUUCUUCACCCUCCUCCUCCUCUUCCUCCAAUCCGCCACCUAAAGUCCACCGUGCUCGCAAGACCAUGAACAGACCACCGCUCACUCAGGUGCGCUCUGUCGAAGCGUCUGCUGUAACUCCUGUGAAACCAGCCGCGAGCAGCUCUUCAGAACCUGACACAGCAGUGAAGAAGCGGAAGGUGGCGACGGACUCGGACUCCACGGCGCCACCUGCAGAGAGUCCCGCCAAAGUUGCUGAGCCGCAGCCAGAGCCCCCAGUUACUGUGACUCCUGUGAAUGUGUCACCUGUGGCACAGAAGGUGGAGCCUGUAGCCACGGUAACCAAGGAUCACCCCGGCAGUUGGCUGGAGGAUCUGGAUGAUGAAGCAGAUGAGGAAGACUUCCACCUGAUGUACAACAGCUACGCGGGAGACGACGUCAUUUACUCUGACGGCAAGUCAGAUGAUGGAAUAAUGGAGGAACCACUGGAGGUACGAAUGGGAGGAGAUACGGGUCACCGGCCUGAGCAGGUUUCCCCGUCUGAGCAGCCCAGAGCAGGGCUGAAGAAGAAGCAGCAGGGCAAAGAGAGGGACACCGUGGCAGCAGCAGAGCCAGACGCAGCUGCUGCUCCAGCAGGGGGCUCCACCGACUACACUGAAGUUCCUCUCGGGUCUCUGGACAUCUCUGCUGCAGACAGCCUCACUCUGUCCCCUCACACAGAUGGCAGUGAUAGAGAGAUGGAGCGGAUGGAGGAGUUGCCGCUGUGUAGCUGUAGGAUGGAGGCUCCUCGUGUGGAGCGACUCACCGCACACACGCAGCGCACCUGCAUGGCCAUCGAGAGCAUCAAUGGACAGCUGGUGGGCUGUACCAAUAAGAUCAUGAAGGGGGAGACGAUGCGUCCAUCCAGCCGCGUGUCUCUGAUGGUUCUGUGUGAAACUCACCGCUCACACAUGGUCAAACACCACUGCUGCCCGGGCUGCGGAUACUUCUGCCUAUCUGGGACGUUUCUGGAGUGCUGUCCGGACGUUCGUAUUGCUCACCGCUUCCACCGCGGCUGUGUGUCGGUGUUGGGCAGUGGGCGGAGCCGCUGUGGAGCAGGCGGCGGUCUGCUGUUCUGCCCGCACUGUGGAGAGGACGCAUCCGAGGCCCAGGAGGUCACCAUCCCCCCCGCAACACCGUCACCAGGGGCAACCGUAGUCACAGCAACCGCCUCCUCGACAACAACCACACCCUCGCUCCUCCCGUCCACGCUCACCGUGGCAACUGCUGCGCUUAGCAACGAGAAGAGGACCGGCGAACCAAUCAGUGCAAGGAUGCAUUGGCGUGGUGAGGCAAGAAAGGGGGUGGAGCCUCAGUUACAGACUCCCAGUGCUGCGGCUGGAGGAGGUGUGGUCGAAGAUGUGGUUGCCCAGGGUGAUGGGGGCGUGGACAGUGUUGGCCCCUCCCUCGUUCUGCCCAAUGGAAAGCCAGUCUGCCCCAGUGCACUUCCUCCAGGCGACAGGAGGGCGGCGCUACAGAGAGCGAUUCUCACCCAGGAUACCGAGAGGAAGAAGAAGCUGAGGUUCCACCCGCGCCAGCUUUAUCCAGCAGCCAAGCAGGGGGAGGUCCAGAAAGUUCUGCUCAUGCUCAUGGAAGGUAUAGAUCCAGCAUUUCAGCCUGAUUCUCAGAAUCGCCGGUCUGCUCUUCACGCUGCAGCUCAGCGUGGCCUGCUGGACGUCUGCUACCUGCUCAUACAGGCGGGCGCUAAGUUGGACGCUCAGGAUAAAAGUCUGAGGACCCCUCUGCUGGAGGCCAUCAUGAACAACCAGGUGGAGGUGGCCCGCUUCCUGAUGCAGAACGGAGCGUGUGUUUACCACGUAGAGGAAGAUGGCUCCACUGGUCUUCAUCACGCUGCUAAACUGGGGAAUCUGGAAAUCAUCACUCUUUUACUGAACACUGGUCAGGUGGACAUAAACGCUCAGGACAGUGGUGGAUGGACUCCAAUAAUCUGGGCUGCUGAACACAGACACACUGACAUAAUCAGAGCGCUACUGAACCGGGGGGCCGACGUCACACUCAAAGACAAGGAGAUGAAUGUUUGUCUGCACUGGGCGUCGUUCGCGGGCAGUGUGGAGAUCGCUGAGCUGGUUCUGAAUGCGGGCUGCCCGCUCUCGAGCGUAAACCUGCACGGAGACACGCCGCUGCACAUCGCUGCCCGAGAAGGAUACAACGACUGCGUCACGUUGUUCCUGUCUCGCGGAGCGGACAUUGACGUGAUGAACAGGGAAGGAGACACGCCCCUCUCCCUGGCGCGCCCUGAUUCGCCGGUUUGGGUGGCGCUGCAGAUCAACAGGAAGCUGCGCAGAGGAAUAGCCAAUCGGAUCGUCCGAACAGAGAGGAUCAUCUGCAGUGAUAUAGCUCAGGGCUAUGAGAACAUUCCCAUUCCCUGUGUGAACGGAGUGGAUGAUGAAGGCUGUCCAUCUGAUUAUAAAUACAUCGCCGAGAACUGCGAGACAUCCGCCAUGAACAUCGACCGCAACAUCACCCACCUACAGCACUGUAGCUGCACUGAUGACUGCUCCUCCAGUAACUGCCUGUGUGGACAGCUCAGCAUCCGCUGCUGGUACGACAAGGACCAGCGCCUCCUGCAGGAGUUCAAUAAGAUCGAGCCUCCUCUGAUCUUUGAGUGUAACCUGGCGUGUUCCUGUUAUAAAUCCUGUAAGAACAGGGUGGUGCAGGCGGGAAUAAAGGUGCGUUUACAGCUCUAUCGUACUGAGAAGAUGGGCUGGGGGGUCAGAGCGCUACAGGACAUUCCACAGGGCAGCUUCAUCUGCGAGUAUGUCGGAGAGCUGAUCUCUGAUGCAGAAGCUGAUGUGAGAGAAGACGAUUCAUAUCUGUUUGAUCUGGACAACAAGGAUGGUGAGGUGUACUGCAUCGACGCCCGUUACUAUGGUAACAUAAGUCGCUUUAUUAAUCAUCUGUGUGACCCCAACAUCAUCCCUGUGCGCGUGUUCAUGCUCCAUCAGGACCUGCGCUUCCCCCGCAUCGCCUUCUUCAGCUCCAGAGACAUACUAACAGGACAGGAGCUCGGGUUUGAUUAUGGAGAUCGAUUCUGGGACAUUAAGAGUAAAUACUUCACGUGUCAGUGUGGCUCAGAGAAAUGUAAACAUUCAGCCGAAGCCAUCGCACUGGAGCAGAGCCGGCUGGCCCGCAUGGAGACAUGUCCAGAGUCGGGGAGUGAACCUGCGCUAAGCAUUGUGGGAAACUCGUAAACCCUGAGCGAGUCUGGAAACUCCUGAACCUCCUGCAGCCCUACAGAGUCGACUCGACCUGAGCGGAGCCCUUCUACAGCUGAACAUGAGCAAUUCAGACAGUUAAAGUGACAGUUUGGCCACAGUUGAACUGUCCCAGUUUACCCGCUUAGUGUAGCCGAUCAGCCGAGUCACAUUUGGCGUCGGACGUUUACUUCUUUAGUUUUUCGUUCUUUAGGCUGAUGUAACCUUAAACACCACCAAUUAGCACAGCACCAGCCUAAAGCCACAAGUCAUGUGGAGCUGGUUAGUGAUCUCUAAAAAUACUUUAUUUUUCUUUUGUUUUUACUGCGGUCCACUUUUCUGAUUGGCUGUGCCUCAAUCAAAAGGCUGAAACACUAUUAACAUCAGUGGUAGCUUUUACAGGCUGAAUAGGAGGAGGUAUGUAAAUGAGCUGUGUUUUUUGGUGACAUCACAAAAGCAGUGCAUUAAAAAUGAGCUGUUACUGUGCCUUUGGGAGUGGUAUAUGUAAAUGAGCUCUAAUGGUGUUGGAUUGACCUGUAGAGGCUUUUAUAAGAGCUUCUCGGCCACAAGCAGAAGCUGUUUGAGUGAGAAAGGACUGAAGUGAGGCUUUAACGUGUCGAGUUUGGAGUGGUCAGGUACGUCCGAUCGAACUCAGUGGCCUGCAGUGUGAAUGAAAAGGUGCCUCACGUGGGUCAACAGUUGUUAUUUAGUCAAUUCUGGUCAACAAUUAAAGUAAAACUUCACCGAUUUCUGUGAGAAAAAAAAAAAGUAUUUUCUUCUACACGUCUGGAGGAAUGACAGGCCAGUACGUUACAUCUCACUGUACCAGACUGUCCACUGCCGUAUUUCACAUAUGAUAAAACUAGAACUAUGCAGUGCCAUACCCUGCAUGAGAGAGACGCCACAGAGCCACUUUCAGUUCUCCAAAAGAACCCUUUAAUGCCCCUUUUGGUCCCUGUCUCUAUUUGCUGCACCUGUACAGUCAGUUACUAUGGGCUAUAUUUACUGUAGUUCUAUAUAUAGUAAAUAUUUACCGUGUUACUGUAUUUCAACCCAAUUCACUGAACCUGAGCAACAAAAAACCUUUAUAACGGACAUUUUUCUCUGUUUAUAACAUUUACAUAGGUUUAAGAACCAAAAAUGAUGCUCUGUUCUGAUUGGCUCUGCCUCACUCAAAGAAGAGUGCGGGCUGAAUAACAUCAGUGUGAGUGGGCGGGGCUAAACUGCUUAAUUCUGAUUAAGUUUGAAGAAGUUUAUGCAAAUGUGUGGUUGACUUGUGACAUCGCAGAAAUUCAGAACAGGCUGUUUUUGCAGGGGGUUCUAAGGUUCUUUAUGAAAGAAAAUGGUUCUAUAUAGAACAACGAACACUCGAGGAACCCUUUCCAUGAUUAAAGGAUGCUGUGUAGCACCAGAACGGGUUCUUCUACUGUUACAGUUUCAGAAAAAAAAAAAAAAACAAGCCUUUUUUGGUGCUAUAUGGAACAUCAGAGAAGUUCUAUGUACAACACGUUCUCCGUCAAUCUGAAGAACUUUUUCAUAAUGCAAAGAACUCUUGAAUCAUGCAUUUCUUUUUUACUUCAGAAGAAUCGAAGAAGAAUCGUUUGUUUUAAAUGUGUACGUUUUUAAGAAAAAACCUAUGACUAGUUUAGAACUUUUAUAUGGAAGAACUCUGAAGAACACUUUUUGGUUCUGUUGUAAGAGUGGAACAGCAAGUAGGUCGUUUUUGAGAUUAUUUUGUGCUGUUUGGAGAAAGGAGGUUUUAUCUUUUUCUCCUUCACGAUUGAGGAGAUUGAAAAACGCUGCAUUGUUCCAUUUAAAAGGUUCUUUAGGGAACCAAAAGUGGUUUCUUACAGCGUCACUCCCAGCACCUCCUACUAGCUGUGGCGUUUCUCAGAAAUUCUAGAAGCCUUAAGUGCUUUAUCUCUCUGAAAUGACUGAGUAUCAAAAUACGUGAUGUACAGUCGUUUGCAAAUGUUUGUGCACCCCUGGUUACAUGUAUAUUUUGUUGGUUUUCAGAGUGAAAAUAAGUGAACGUGCUCUCUCCAGAGAACUUCUGCACGUUCUGCACAAUCACUGUUUAUUUACUGAAUCUGUCACACUGGGGAACAAAACGUUAUGGCACACUUUGUUUUAGAUUUUAUUAUUUUUUCCCGUUAUGCUAAACCUGGCCAAUAAAUAUAAAAUGAGCACUAAAUUUAGCAGGAAAGCUCAUGUUUUAGGCAUGUUCUCUGCAGAGCAGUGGUCACCAGCCCUCCUCCUGGAGAUCUGCUGUCCUGCAGAGUUUAGUUUUAACCUGCAUCUUAUAAACUGCCUCCACUUCCCUCACACUAAUGCGUCUGAUCCAGCCGAAGCUGAGCAGCUGGACUGAGUGCGGCAGGUUGUGGAUGGAACUGGACUCAGCAGGAUGGUCGAUCUCCAGGGCCAGGGUUGGUGACCACUGCUGUAGAAGAUGAGCUAACUUGUUUUCAGACUGUAUCAGUGCCAUGAGCUCAUUUAAGGAACGUUCAGCCUGUCGUUUUGGACCGUCGUGUUUGCUUCUCUUUAUAUGAAGAUUGAGUUGUAUGAGUUGAGUAUGACUGUGUUUUCAUUAUUAUUAUUAGUUUUUAAUAAAUAUGAUUUUGAUACA